AUGUACCAAAAUUGGUACAUUACUUAGCUACAUAUUGGUACAUUAAUUCAUUAAAAAACAUUUACGAACUGUACCGUAUAUGGAAAACAUUAAAGUAAUUGAGUAAACUGAAGAAAAAAAAACGAACUAAAAAAGCAUGGUAUAUUGUCAGCGAAAAUUAACCUAAACCUGCGUUCUAUAAUUUUUGGUACACAUUAUUUAUGUGAAAGUGAGCUGUAUCAUUUCAACUAUCGAUUACACCAUGAUAUCGAAAUCGAAAGCGAUAAUUAGUUCGAAUAUGAAAUACCGACUACAUGUGUCUUACGUUUAUUGCUAAAUAUUCAGCUAACGUAUUUGGUACGCGUUUUAUAUACGAAAACAAUCAUUCAUUCAUGGGAAAUAACAAGGGCAAGCGCAAAGCGCUUACACAGCGUCAAGUUUGCUCCAGAAUGAACUUCCUUUAUCAGGCGUCAAACUUAAUGGCGCACAGCAACAACAACACCCUCGCCGCCUACUACGGCAAGCUCUGCCGCAACGUGGGCACAAAGGCGCUGAUGCACAUGUCGCCGGCGCUGAAGCGCACACUAUGCAAACGCUGCUCCUUGCCGCUGUUGCCGGGCGUUAAUACUUCGCUAAAGCUGGACCAGAAGCAAGAACAGCAGCAGGCUAUUCCCGUGGCAGCAGCCACUGCGACGGCAACAAGCACAACCAGCAAACGCCGUCAUCGCCGUUUGCGUAGCAAGCGCAACAAGGGCCACAAUCAGACUGCCGCCGCUGUCCAAAAAGAUGCCGCACCCAGUGCCAGCAUGGACGAACACGCUCGCCUACACUUGGAGUGUGGUUUGUGCGGGUCGAAACGUCGCUUCCAAGUUGACACACAAAACGAGUGCUGGCCAGAGCGCUCUGAGGCGAUUGUGCAGGUGAUAAGACUGGACGAACAAAAAAACGCAGACGCGGCUGAAGGAGGCGUAGAAGCAGCAGGAAGAGUAGAAGGAGGAGGAGGAACAGCACGAGAGCAGUGAUAAGCGUACUUGGAUGGCA